CCGCAGCUUUAUGCAGCAGCUAAAGGAUAAGUGUACAAAAGAUCUCCAGACAGCAACAGAAGCACUGACAUGUUUAGCACACUCAAGAAGCUGAUCAGGGGCCCCAUGCUAGCUCCUUCACCAGCCACAACACCUGCUCCUACCGCAGCACCAGCACCUACCCCAGCUCCUGCACCAGCUCCACCAACUCAGCCAAUUAAGGAUGAAAAGACUGCAGUCAAAGAAAAUGAAGCCAAGAAAGAAGAAGAAACCCCUGCUCCAGCCCCAACACCUGCACCUAGUGCUACGCCAAAACCAGAAGAGAAGCUUUCCAAUCCUAUAAAAGAGCAGCCACCAGCUGAAGAAAUUGAUGUUAUGUGUUCUUUUUUUGGCUUUUUUUCAUUUAGGCAAGAAGCACAGCCCGCUGCACCAUGUCCAGUUGUAAUAAACAAGUACUCUGAUGCACAACUUCGAAGAAUAGUCCACCAGAUGCAGCAACGUACACAAAUGUACAAAGAAAAAGUUGUAGACCCCUAUGCAUCCUCACCUGAGCGCAGCCCUCCAGUCACACCCGUUUUGAGAAAAAAGGAUUUCUUGAAAAAGCAAGAAGAAGAGAGAAAAAGAAAAGAAGAGGAUGAGAGGAUCAAAAAGGAGGAAGAGGCAAAGAAAGCAGCAGCAAAAGCUGAGGAAAAGAAAGAGAAGAAAGAAGAGAAGAAGGAAGAAAAGAAAGAUGAUAAAAUAAAAGAUGAGAAGAAAGAAGAGCCUGAACCAGCCAAGAAAAAAUUUGCUUCUUUUUGUCCAAAAGUCAAAUGCACCUUUAUAGACUUAAUGCUGAAACCUAUUGAAGACGGAAUGGAUAAAGUUUUGGGCACAUCCAUGGAUCCAUUCACAGAUCGGCGGUACAUUGCUUGGCUUAGCCUGGUGACUGUUGCCUUCAGCUACAACCUUUGGUUCAUACCAGUUCGUAUGACCUUCCCCUGUCACACUCCUGGCUCAAUUCCUCUGUGGUUUACUUUAGAUGUCCUAGCUGACCUGAUCUACAUCAUCGACAUGAUCAUUUUCCAGCCAAGGCUGCAGUUCUGCAAGACUGGAGAUAUCAUCUAUGACCGAGCUGUUAUUAAGAAGAAUUACAGAGCCUCCGCAAAAUUUCAGCAUGCAAUAUCAUCAAUCAUACCCCUGGACCUCUUGUAUAUUCCAUUCGGAUUUCAGUCCAUUUUCAGAAUUAAUCGCAUCCUGAGGUUUGAGACUUUUUUUGAGUUCAGUGAUCGACUUGAGGGCAUCAUGACAAAGGCGUACAUCUGGAGAGUAAUUCGCACCAUUGGGUAUCUCCUGUUCGCCCUUCAUAUCAACUCUUGCCUUUACUAUGUGGCAUCUGCCUACCAAGGCAUUGGCACAACCAAGUGGGUCUACAGCGGCCACGGCAAUGCGUACUUGCGCUGUUACUAUUUUGCUGUGCGGACCCUGAUCAACAUUGGUGGACUACCAGAGCCUUACACUGUUUUUGAGAUCACGUUUCAGUUGACAAACUUUUUCAUUGGUGUCUUUGUCUUCUCAAGUUUAAUUGGACAGAUGAGAGAUGUCAUUGGGGCUGCCACUGCUGGUGAGACAUACUUCCGUACCUCUAUGGAUGCAUGUGUAGCCUAUAUGGUGACAAAUCGUAUUCCAAAGCUGGUACAACACAGAGUCCGUACAUGGUACAACUACACCUGGGCCUCACAGGGUAUGCUGGAUGAGUCAGAGUUGCUGGAACAAAUGCCACUAGUAAUGAGAACGGCCAUUGCUGUGGAUAUCAACCUCGCCACUUUCCAGAAGAUCGACCUGUUUAAGGGAUGUGAUAACCAGAUGCUUGUGGACAUGUUGCUGAGGCUGAAGUCUAUAGUGUAUCUACCUGGAGAUUUUGUGUGUAAGAAGGGUGACAUUGGUAAAGAGAUGUACAUCAUCAAAGCUGGAGAGGUGCAGGUUGUUGGUGGGCCUGACAACAAGAUAGUUUUCGUGACAUUGAAGGCAGGCUGUGUGUUCGGUGAGAUCAGUCUUCUGCAGUCUUCAGCGAAUGGAGGCAACAGGAGAACAGCUAAUGUGGCAGCUCAUGGAUUCGCUAACCUCUUUGUAUUGGAUAAGAAAGACCUCAAUGAUAUCCUGGUUCACUACCCAGAAUCCCAGAAAAUUCUGGCCAGGAAAGGAAGGAAACUAAUGAAGGCCAAGGGUCCAGCUGCAGCCAAAGCAGAAGGGGAGAAAAAGAAAGGCCUGGAGCUGUUUGGACCAAAACCUCCCACUCCUAAAAUGCUUCGGGCAUUUGGAAGGUUCAACAGAAAAGCAUUUUUGGAAAAACUCAAGAUCUCUACAAAUAUGGAAUAAGUGUGACAAAAGGACGAUUUGACCAUUCCCUUUACGAUGUUUGCACUUUUGUAUAUGGACACAUUUAUGAAUAGAUUGUGAAUUUUGUACCAAAACAUAAUAAAUUUAAGUUCUUUUUCAAACUAAUUUACAAAAAAGCAAUUUGUAGUUCAUCUGUUUUCUGUUCAUUUGCUAAUAACACUGAUGGUCCUGGGAAAGGCUAAGCAUCAGUGAAAUCCCUUGUCUAAUCCCUUUAGCCUAGCCAGGACACUGUGAGGUUUCAUUAAGUAAGUGGUCUAUCUGUGGUCUAUCUGUGGUCUAUGUGUGGUCAGUGUACACAUGCACUACAGUAGGCUACAGGAAUAGCAGAGUUAAAUAAACUAUUCCUGCUUCUGUUCUAGUUGAACAUUAACUAUGGUAUUUCCCAAACUGCUUGCAUAAGGAAAUACAGGAAUUGUUGGGAAGAUUAAAAAUAAUUGGGCAAAAUAUUAAAAUUAAAAUCUCGAUUUGCUCAGCCUAGUCAACCAGUAUGGAAUGAAUUUGCAUAUGACACAUAGGUAGAGAGGGUGCAGUCUACCAAGCACAACAUUUGGCCUAAAAAAAGACAACUAACUGUUAUAAAUAAGGUGUGAUUACUCAUAGAAAAGGUGUGUUCUCCAGAGGAAAUUAAUAGAGCUAAAAGAAUGAAUAAAUUGAAACAGUUGGUUGUGGAAAUCUGAAGAAUAUACCUGGAUGGGGAUGUCUGGUCCUGACUGGUAUAAGCGAAACCACCGUGUCACGCUUCAACCUAUAGUUUGCCAUACUUCAGGAGUUGCAGCUCAGAUCUUCAAAUAAAGCUUCUUUGCUUUGUAUGGUAUCACCCUGGCACAAGAUAUCCAAAAUACUUUAAUUGCCAAAUUAUUUGUACAGUUGAGGUCAAAA